AUGCAGCCCUUCUCGCCCUCCCAGUUUGUCGCCGCCUACAUCUUUCCCAUCAAUCCCCUGAUUGCGAGCACUACAGACUCCGCACCUUUGCCAGCCGAGCCUGCCGUAGGCUCGCCCAGCAGCACAGCUGCUGGCGGCAGCGGCACUGGCAACAGCAGGGAUGGCGACGAUGCCACUGCUGCCCAGCCCCGCGGUGGCGGCAAGGGGCGGCUGGGCGAGGAUGCCGGCAGCCGGAAUGCCAUGCUUGCGUCUUGGCUGGCCAAGUCUGCCUUCGUCACUUUCCUCGUCUGGCUGCCGCAGUACAAGCUGCCAGGCCUGCUGGAGUCUUUCGCAUACGGCCUGUCCCUGUACGCGCUGCUGUCUCUCGUCAUGGACGGCCCAGCCGCUCUGGUGGUCGGCCUGACGGGCCUGCGUGUGUCGCCCCACUUUGACCGCCCCUGGCGCUCCACCUCUGUGGCCUCCUUCUGGUCCAAGCGCUGGAACCUGGCGGCAGGCAACACGCUUCGCCAGCUGGUGUAUGGUCCUGUGGUGGAUGGUAGCCUGGUGGCGCCGCCACAGGCGCCCCCCGGCCCACCGCACGCGCGGCCCAGCGCAGCGCGCCAGGCGCUGGGCACGGCAGCCACCUUUGCGUUCAGCGGUCUGAUCCACGAAGCGAUCUUUUGGUACAUCACCGGCCACACGAGCCACGGCGCCUGGUUUGCUUUCUUCUUCAUCCAGGCGCCCAUCAUUUUUGCCGAGCGCCUGGCACUGGCGGGACUCAGGCGCCGCGGCAUCCUGCUGCCCGACUGGCUGCGCACCUGUAUCUCGCUGCUGCUGGUGCUGGCAACGGGGCAGUACCUGUUCUGGGCACCCUGCAAGAAGCAUGGCGUGGUGGACAGCAUGAUGGGCAACACGCGGCAGGCCUUCCUCGCCAUGCUGCGCCGCAUUGGCGCGCCGCUGCCCAUCUGA